AUGAUUGACCAAAUUAUAGUCAAUUUACUCCGGAAAACGUUGGAAACACAAACACCAAAAUUUUCUGGUAGCAAAGAGGAAAAUGUUACCGAUUGGGUGAAGACGGUAAAAGUUGAAUUCAAGUUGGCUAACUGUCCAGAUCAUGAAAAAUUAGAUAGGAUUCCAAUAUUUUUAUGCGGAGAAGCAUCAACAUGGUAUUUUGAGAAUAUAGCUAAAAUACAUUCAUCGGAGACAAUUACGGAAGAAUUAGAGAAAAAAUAUUCAUUAGUCGAAAAACAACAUCCAAGUGAUUCAGCUGAAGUUACCCGCAUUCACUCAUAUUUAUUUCAUCAACACUAUCAAGUACAUUAUGAUCAACACACGUCAAUACCAUCGACAAUUACGCCGACAUUACUGGAGUAUGGAGAAUUAGAAUGGCCAGAACAAGGUGAAACAUGGACUGAUUAUGAGAUAAAAGAACAACGAGAAAGAUUUCAAAAAACACCAAUAAAUGAGUGUGAUAUAUUAAGUGGUGGUAAAUAA